UAUACUAGUAGGCCUACAUACAUUUACAGCAAAACACUGGGUCGGCUGGCUUGACUGUUGUUCUCGAAGUGUCGGCUGGCUGGUCAACAGUCUGCCUCUGUCUGUUCUCUGUUUGUCUGAUAGUUCCCUGAUUGUGACGUUUGUGUCGGCUUGUGGAUGAAUAUGAACAGCUAUGAAUACGAUGGCAGAAAAGUCUCUCGGAAGCCAGUGUGGGCGGCAGAACAGAUAUUCGAGGUCCAUGAGUGCAUGCACAGGGCUGUGUGAUCUGUAUUGGAUGAGUUGUAGCACUUUUAGAGUGUGAUCUGUAUCGGAUGAGUUGUAAUACUUUUAGAAUGUGAUCUAUUUUGGAUGAGUUGUAGGACCUCUGAUGUGAUCUUUACUUUGCAAAACUGCCAUCGAAACCCAGCUUCGCCAAGUGGAAGCGUUUCGCUGGAUGCGAAGGAGAUCAGUCAUGAUGGCUACAAAGUGAAACUUAAAUGUGUGUUUUGUCUGUAUAUAUUAUGUAUCCUCACAAUAUAGUAUUUAAAAUUAAUAUGUCUCUAAAAUUGGUUAUUGAAGAUCAUCUUAUCAUCGUGGAUAUCAGGGGAGUCGCUCUGCAGGGGGGUCCAGGGCAAUUCUCAUGGAUUUAGUCAAGGACAGUCUUAAUCCUUUACAAAUUUUGAUUAAUUAAAUUUGUAAUAACUGUGGUAUACUUUCGAGAUUAUUGACGAAUUUUAAUAUUAGUAGUUGUUAGUUGUAGUAUUGAGUUGAAGCAGAAUCUUCCCAACUUCUAUCGUCAAACAUUUAUAGAAAAAUAGUUCAAAGUAUUUAUGUAAACAUUACUGUGGGAGUGUGUGUGGAGAAUCCACCAGCUUCACAUGGUGGAUUCUGAUUGGAUGACUUUGGAAAAUGACUUUUUUCUAUACAAAAAUAUUUCCAUUUAUUGAUUAUAAUCAUAUCUGGUGGGCAAAAGAAAACAAUUAGUCAGGAUAUAUAGCGAUGAAGGACUACGUUAUAAAUGAUGGCAUAACAUGGCAUCAUUUAUACCAUUAUGGCAUAAGCAUAAUUGUCUUGAAAUAAAUGCUUAGCUUCAAUCUGUAAAUAUUAGUAUGGGCUCCGCCUCCAGUACUCUUAUCAGUUAAAACAUUCUGCCACCAAAAACAACAACAUAUCUGCAAAAUCUCUUUCCCUCGCAUUUUACUUUCACUUUCAAAUCGAGGCGCGCAUUUUCUUCUAGCACGAAAUUAAGAUCGCCAGUCUACUAUGAACGAGGAGAAAGGAGAGGGGGGACCUCCUACCUCCGAAACCACUCAGUCUGAGGAUAAUGACCACCGGAGAACGGCUAAGAGAAGAGUCCUGCGGAAGAGAAAAGACUCCCCUGGACCCAGCUGUGUCUCCCUGAAGAGUGAAGGCUGUAUGGAUAAUCCUCCUGAUAAUACAGAUGGAAGCCCCUCUAGAAGGAAGAGAAGAGUCCAGCAGGAGAGAGCAGACUCCCCUGGACCAAGCUGUGUCUCCAUGAAGAGUGACUGGUCUAUGGAUCCACCUCUUCACUUUAAAGAUGGAAAUCGGUGUAUUGAGAAGAGAAGUGUCCAGCAGGAGAGAGCAGACAGCCCUGAACCCAGGACUGGAAGAGUCCAGCAGGAGAGAGCAGACUCCCCUGGACCAAGCUGUGUCUCCAUGAAGAGUGACUGGUCUAUGGAUCCACCUCUUCACUUUAAAGAUGGAAAUCGGUGUAUUGAGAAGAGAAGUGUCCAGCAGGAGAGAGCAGACAGCCCUGAACCCAGGACUGGAAGAGUCCAGCAGGAGAGAGCAGACUCCCCUGGACCAAGCUGUGUCUCCAUGAAGAGUGACUGGUCUAUGGAUCCACCUCUUCACUUUAAAGAUGGAAAUCGGUGUAUUGAGAAGAGAAGUGUCCAGCAGGAGAGAGCAGACAGCCCUGAACCCAGGACUGGGGGAGCAGACUCCCCUGGACCAAGCUGUGUCUCCAUGAAGAGUGACUCGUCUAUGGCUAAACCUCUUAACUUUAAAGAUGGAAAUCAGUCUAUUGAGAAGAGAAGAGUCCAGCAGGAGAGAGCAGACUCCCCUGGACCAAGCUGUGUCUCCAUGAAGUGUGACUGGUCUAUGGAUCAACCUCUUCACUUUAAAGAUGGAAAUCGGUCUAUUGAGAAGAGAAGUGUCCAGCAGGAGAGAGCAGACAGCCCUGAACCCAGGACUGGAAGAGUCCAGCAGGAGAGAGCAGACUCCCCUGGACCAAGCUGUGUCUCCAUGAAGAGUGACUCGUCUAUGGCUAAACCUCUUGACUUUAAAGAUGGAAAUCAGUCUAUUGAGAAGAGAAGUGUCCAGCAGGAGAGAGCAGACAGCCCUGGACCCAGGACUGGACAACACCAGAAGAGGUCAAAGGUUACCAGUGGUCAUUCUGAACAGCAUGAUCAAACAGAGCAGACCUCCAAGAGUGUUCUUCCUGCAGAACCUGCAGAACAUCCUGCUCUGGCUAGAUUCAAGAAUACUUUGAAGAUAAAGACCCAGCCUGUGCUUGAGGGAUUAGUUCAACCAGGAAAGCCAACACCUCUGAACGAGAUCUACACAGAGCUCUUUAUCAUAGAGGGAGGCAGUGGAGAGGUCAACAAGGAGCAUGAGGUCAGACUGAUUGAAAAAACGUACAGGAAACCAGCCAAAGAGGAAAAAACAAUCAAAUGUGAAGACCUCUUUAAACUCACACAUGGACAAAAAAAACAGAAGAUCAGAACAAUAUUGACAAUUGGAGUUGCAGGCAUUGGUAAAACCAUCUUGACACAAAAGUUCACUCUGGACUGGGCUGAAGGCAAAUCCAACCACGACAUACACUUCACAUUUCCCUUACCAUUCAGAGAGCUGAAUUUAUUAAAAAAUAGAAAGUUCAGCUUGGUGGAACUACUUCAUUACUUCUUUAGUGACACCAAACAAGCAGGAAUCUGCCAAAACGACCAGCACCAAGUUGUCUUCAUUUUUGAUGCUCUGGAUGAGUGUCGACUUCCUCUGGACUUCAAGAACAACGAGAUCUUGACUGAUGUCACAAAGUCCACCUCGGUGGACGUGCUGCUGACAAACCUCAUCAGGGGCGACCUGCUUCCCUCCGCUCGUAUCUGGAUAACCACACGCCCGGCGGCAGCCAAUCAGAUCCCUGCUAACUGUGUUGACAUGGUGACAGAGGUGAGAGGGUUCACCGACCCACAGAAGGAGGAGUACUUCAGGAAGAGAUUCAGAGAGGAGAAGCUGGCCAGCACUAUCAUCUCCCACGUCAAGAAAUCACGAAGCCUCCACAUCAUGGGUCACAUCCCACUCUUCUGUUGGAUCACUUCUACAGUUGUGGAGGACUUCUUCAGAUCAUCCAGGAGAGGAGAAAGGAUACCCAAUACCCUGACUCAGAUGUACAUCCACCUCCUGAGGGUGCAAUCCAUAAAAGGGGACAGGAAGUAUCAUUGGAGAGAAGAUCUGCAUUUAGAGAGUACUAGAGCGAUCAUUGUUAUUCUGGGAAAACUGGCUUUUUCCCAGCUGAAGAAAGGCAACCUGAUCUUCUUUGAGGCAGACCUGGCAGAGUGUAACAUUGCUGUCAAAGCAGCCUCAGUGUACUCAGGAGUGUUCACCCAGAUCUUUAAAGAUGAUUAUGAGCUGAACCAUGUCAAGGUGUUCUCCUUUGUCCAUCUGAGCAUCCAGGAGUUUCUGGCUGCCCUUCAUGUCUUUCUGUCCUUUAUCAAAACUGGUGUCAAUCUGCUCUCAGAAAAACCACCAGCCUCUGAGGCAAAUGAUCUCCUACUCCUCUGCCAGAGUGCUGUGGACCAGGCCUUACUGAGUGAGAAUGGACACUUGGACUUGUUCCUCCGCUUCCUCCUGGGCCUCUCUCUGGAGACCAAUCAGAUUCUCGUACAAGGCCUGCUUGGACCGACAGGAAGCAUCCCAGAGACCAAUCAGGGAAUUGUCAGUUACAUCAAGGAGAAGAUAAGUGGAGAUCUUUCUCCAGAGAGAAGCAUUAAUCUGUUCUACUGUCUAAAUGAGCUGGGGGACCGUUCUCUAGUGGAGGAGAUCCAGCAGUACCUGACAUCAAGAAGUGUCUCCAGAAAAUCUCUCUCCCCUUUUCAGUGGUCAGCUCUGGUCUUCAUCCUACUGUCAUCAGAAGUGGACGUGUUUGACCUGAAGAACUACUCUGCUUCAGAGGAGGGUCUUCUCAGGCUGCUGCCAGUGAUCAAAGCCUCCAAAACAUCUCUGCUGAAUGGCUGUCAUCUGUCCGAAAGAUGCUGUGAAGCUCUGGCUUCAGCUCUCAGCUCCAGCUCCUCCAGUCUGAGAGAACUGGACCUGAGUUCCAAUGAUCUGCAGGAUUCAGGAGUGAAGCUGCUCUCUGCUGGACUGGGGAGUCCACACUGUAGACUGGAAACUCUCAUACUGAAAGGCUGUCACCUGUCCGGGAGAUGCUGUGAAGCUCUGGCCUCAGUUCUCAGCUCCAGCUCAUCCAGUCUGAUAGAGCUGGACCUGAAUAACAAUGAUCUGCAGGAUUCAGGAGUGAAGCUGCUCUCUGCUGGACUGGGGAGUCCACACUGCAGACUGGAAACUCUCAGGCUGACUGGCUGUAAUCUGUCAGAGAAAUGCUGCGGAGCUCUAGCCUCAGUUCUCAGAUCCAACUCCUCCAGUCUGAGAGAGCUGGACCUGAGUACCAAUGAUCUGAAGGAUUCAGGAGUGAAGCUGCUCUCUGCUGGACUGAGGAGUCCACAGUGUACACUGGAAACUCUCAGGUUGUCUGGCUGCUUGGUCACACAGGGAGGCUGUGAUUCUCUGGCCAUGGCUCUGAGAUCUAACCCCUCCCACCUGAAAGCGCUAGACCUGAGCUACAAUUUUCCAGGAGAAUCAGGAUUCAAGCUGCUCUCUGCUGGCCGGGAGGAUCCAUCCUGGAAACUUGACACUCUCAGAAAGAUGAAAUGUGAAGAGGGAGUACUGAAACCAGCCCUACAGAAGUAUGCCUGUGAUCUCACACUGGACCCAAACACGGCCAACAGCCGACUUUCUCUGUCUGGGCACAGAGAGGCGACGCUUGUUGAAGAGUAUCCUGAUAGCCCAAAGAGAUCUGAUACCUUGAGACAGGUGUGGUGUAGAGAGGUUCUGACUGGCCGCAGUUACUGGGAGGUAGUUUGCAAAGGAGGUGUUUCGAUAGUUGUGAACCACAGAGGAAGAAUCACCAGGAGCCGAGAGGGCUAUGAUAACAGGCUUGGAUCCAACAACAAGUCCUGGAGUCUUGAAUGUCAUGGUGAUCGUUACUGUGCCUAUUACAAUGGUAGAAAAAACGACAAACGUCUCCUGCCCGCUGGCUCUAAGAAAGUAGGAGUGUAUCUGAACCGGCCUGCUGGCACUCUGUCCUUCUACAGAGUGUCCCCAGGUGUUGAUGGGUCUAAAGACACACUGACACACAUCCACACCUUCGAGUCCACAUUCACCCAGGACCUCUACGCUGGGUUUGAUUUAUUGUGCAUUGGUUCCUCAGUGACCCUAUGUAAGCUGUAGUAACACACACAUAUUCUCCUAGCUGUGUUAAAGUGUCCCUGAGCACUUAACCCUAACUGCUAACUUUGUAUAAAAGCUAUUACCGUUACAGGGAGGUAGACAGGCAGCGUUACAGCUAUUCUGUAGGACUUUGUCUUUCUUUCUUAGAUUAUAUUGGCUAUCGACAAGCCACAGCUAACAGAGGGUUAGAUGUGCGGUUCAGCUGUUCUUUCCCAAACGCGGGGGGACCCAAACACAGAAGCAGACCAUGGGGGGAAGAGGAUUAGCCAGGGGUUUAUUGUAGGGGAAAUGGGGAAUGAGGACAGUAGGAAAGACCGGAGGUGGGAAGACCUGAGAUGGACAAUCAAGGACGGAUGACACAGCUGAGCUGAGUUGAGGGAGAUGGAGAGGCAGGAAGGCAGGUGGCAUUACAGGCAGGUAGACAGGAACGCCGGCAGCAUUACAGGCAGUGUUGGGAAAGUUCACUUUCUACGUGAACUAGUUCAAAGUUCAGUUCACAAAUUUUAAUAUGAACUAGUUCAGUUGAAAGUUCAUAAUUCAACAUUUUGAACUAAGUUCACAGUUCCAAAAAAUGAAGUAGUUCAUAAUUCUUUCUUUCAAUAUGUUGCUGUGAGAUAUAAUUUUUUUCGGGUAUUUUGAUCAUUGAGCACACUUUGUGGUUUGUCUAGGAUGUGAGUGGUUGAAUCGUAGCGAAAUACAGUUUCUAUCGUGUUUUAUUGCACAUUUAGCGCAUUUUGUAAACCCCAUUGAUUUCUGUUGGGAGACUCAUUGUUUGUUGGCCGGAAACGGAAAGGGGGGGUGUUCACAUUUGGUUGUAGUCUUUUCGCUCGGUUCUAGCCCUACUGUUGAGUCGGAGAACCGAGCGAAAAGACUACAACCAAACGUAAACAGCCCCCCUUUCCGUUUCUGGCCAACAAGCAAUGAUUCUAGGAGGCAUUCUAGUCCACUGAGCUAUGAGCCAGAGAGCUAACGUAAUGGAUUGUACAUAAUUAUAAUUCCAAAUUCGUCUCAGCCUUUAUACCACAGAUACUCUAGGGUAUAUAGCAUAUAACCGCGUUGUCUGAUUACAGUUUAAUUCAUUUUUCACAAUUAACAGCUCUCGUUUUGAAGAAUAAUCACCGCGCCAUUUUUUUCAAUGGGAAUCGGGACGGUCCGUACUUUCAACAUAAAGUGUACAUAUUUAUAAUUUGAAAUUCGUCCCAGCCUUUAUACCACAGAUACUAUAGGGCAGACACAUCCGGCCCCUUGGCCGUUUCUAACAAGCCCGCGUGAGGUCUGUGUUGAGUUCACAAUCAAAUGUAAAUAAUUGUAUAAAAAAAUAAAUAAAAAGAAAUUCAACUGCACUGCUUUUAUUAUGAAGGCGACUUUUGUUGCAUUUUUUGUGCGCACGUAUGCAGCUUCUUAUUCUCUGGUUGCAAGUCGCAACUAAAAAUAAGUAGAACGAGGGAACCCCGUCCACGAGCUGGCCACGAACUGAACUCACAGGAGACUUCAGCGCUGACGUGAAUUGUUGUUAUUCCUAAAAAAUGUCAGCUCAUGCGAAAAAAAGAAAGGUUGAUACAGAGUGCCGAGUUUUUAAACAAACAUGGACUUCUAAGUAGUGUUUCACUGAAGUCAAAGGUAAAGCCGUGUGGUUAGAUUAUGGAGAACAGGUCGCUGUGUUAAAGGAUUGUAAUUUGAAUCGCCACUACAAUACUAAACACGCUGAGAAAUACGGCAACUUGACAGAUGCAGAUCGGGCACGGACAUCUGAAGCUUUGCUAGCUAAGCUGCAAAAGCAACAAGGCCAUUUUACCAAGUGUUGUAUAUCCAGGGAUGCAGCAGCCAAGACCCACUUUGUGAUGUCCCACAAAAUCCCACAAAGGUAGCAAGUAAGUCAUUUUCUGAAGGGGAAAGAGUGUUUGGUGGAUUCUGCUGCGCUAAUAUGCCCAGAGAAAGGUAGGUCGAUCCAAAAAGGAUCGACCUACCUUUCUCUGGUGAAAUGUGAACAAAAAAAUCAGGAUGUUCUUUCACUGAUGAUCACCCGUCAGCUGUCCUGCGCAUAUCCCCCUCAAACAUUUAACCAGAUUUCAGUGCACUUGUUCAAGCCAAGCACAAAGCAAAUGAAAUAGUGAUAGCACUUUAUAAAGUUCAUUCAAUGCUAUUCUUUGAAAAAUGGUAAAAACAUGCACAUUUUUUCACAAUUGCUUUUGUGGAUGUUAGUUAAAUACUAACUAAUUUGUACCAUGUCUGCUUUAUUAUUUUCAUAUUCUUAUCAUAACAUUUACUCUUACCAGUCACAGCUUAUCAAAUACCCUACAUUUUAAAUCUUUUUAUAAAGAGAUCAAAUUAAUAUUGAGCUGAAUUUAAUUUAGCCUAUUGGUCCGGCCCACCACAACAGUCUGUGUUUCUCAUGUGGCCCUUUGGGAAAAUCAAUUGCCCACCCCUGCUAUAGGGUCUAUAGCAUACAACCACAUUUUCUGAUUACAGUUUAAUGUAACAGUAAGCUGACAACACUGCAACUGCAAAAUAACCACACGGAGAUAACCAUGUCAACCGGUCAAACAAACGUUCUCAUCUGCGCGCAGAUCCGCCGUGUUGAUAAACAAAUAACCCCCCUAUUGAACGAAGUUAAACCGAGUGAGCGUGCCGUUCACAGACACCAGAAUGAAGGAGUUCACAGAAACGUUCAUCAGGCAGUAAUACAGUACGUUCAGUUCACGUUCGCCGAAAAUAUGAACGAGUUCAUGAACUAUCGUUCUAUCUAACGCGUUUAGGCACAACACUGGUUACAGGCAGGUAGACAGGAAGGCCGGCAGCUUUACAGGCAGGUAGACAGGAACGCUGGCAGAAUUACAGGCAGGUAGACAGGAACCAGAGUUCCCGU